AUGGCGAUCCCCCGAAGAGUCACGCGACUGAUCGUGGUAGCGCUGGUGCUCGGCGGACUGCUGCAUCUGCUGUUCGCUGGCAGCAUAGGCCGCAAACGAUACGCCUUUACUAACGACCCCCAAACAGGCCCAAGCCAACCGACACCGGACGAGGGCCCACAGGAACCGCAGUACGCGGUGGACAAUGUGGUAGCGGAGCCGGACACGUCGCAUCUCCAACUGACGCCACCGGAACGCGAGGAGCUCGAAAAACAGGCCCACCAAGAGGUGACGCAGGAGGAAAAAGAAGAAGCCAUCAACAAACACCUCGACACGGCCGAACACAAGCUGUACGCGCGCGCCUUCUCGGCCUUCUACGACCAGCGGCCCCAGCGUCUGGAUAUCCCCAAGUUCGACAAGUACGGCGAUCUGGGCAAGCUCAACGAAGACAAGCUCAAGAGCCAGCGACUAACAGAAGACCGACUGCGGCAGUUUCUGCAGAUUGAGCCCAAACACGUGGAACAGAUGGCAGAGCUGCACAAAAACCUCGUCGGCGAACUGGACAAGGUGCUCGACGACUUUGGAGACCUCACAAAAAUCUACAAGGGCACUGGUAUCGCCAUUGUGGCCGGAGCCCGCUUCAUGCCCAUUGUGACCAACUCGCUGCGGAUGCUGCGACGAACGGGCUGCACGCUCCCCGUGGAAAUCUUCCUGGCCAACCAGGAGGAGUACGAGGUGCAGUUGUGCGAGGAAGUCUUCCCGUCUCUCGGAGCGGAGUGCCGGGUGCUCCCCGACGUGCUGGGAAAGGCCGCGCUGCGAAACUUCCCUCUCAAGGGCUACCAGUUCAAGAUUCUGUCUGCUCUGGCUUCAUCCUUUGAGCACGUGCUCUUGCUGGACGCUGACAACGUUGCUAUCAAGGACCCCUCGGUCGUGUUCAAGUCCGACGUGUACAAGAAGUACGGCUACAUUCUGUGGCCUGACUACUGGGAGCGAUCAACCCAUCCCGAGUUUUUCAACAUUGCAGGAACCACUCUCGGAGGGGUGCGUGACGACAUGAAGAAGGGCGGGGACGAGGACAACGAGCCUCCCAAACUGGCUGAUCUGAUGGGCUCCAUGCCCAACCCCUCAACCGAGUCUGGCCAGGUUUUUGUCAACAAGUCUGCCAAAUUCAAGGCACUCCUGCUGGCCACCUAUUACAAUCUCAACGGACCCCGGUACUACUAUCCUCUCUUUUCACAGGGUAUGAUGGGUGAGGGAGACAAGGAGACGUUCCUGGCUGCUGCUGUGGUGCUCAAGGAGCCCGUAUACCAGGUUCCCCGACACGUUCAGGCAAUUGGACGAUGGUACCGAGACUCAUUCCAUGGUGCAGCCAUGUUGCAAUUUGAUCCUAUCAAGACCUACGAGCUUUACGACAAGGCUGCUCGUGGUGAGAUUGACGACCAGACCCGCAACAAGCUGGUGGAGAAGGAGGGCAUGUUCAUGCAUACAAAUUUCCCUAAGAUGAACCCCCGGGAGCUGCUUGAGAAGAAGCUGUUGAAGGACGCUGAGGGCAACAAGUUCCGAGCGUUUGGACCUCGGUCCGGUCUUAACGGGUUCCUGCCCACCCGGGAUCUGGAGCUGGAGAUCUGGCAGGAGGCCGAGUGGAUGACUUGUCGGGAUAUCAAGUUUGCCAACUGGAAGGGUGCUGAUCGGGAAAAGCUGUGUUCCGAGGUGGCAGACCAGGUGGAUUUCAUGUUGUCGACCACUGACAAGUAA